CCGCCGAAGCCCGAAGAAUCAGGCACAAAAGGACAGCAGGGGAAGCCAGGGGUGUUGGGUCCAAAUGAUGGGGAACACACCGACAGUAAAAACAAUAGAAGUGAGCCUCAUCUCGAAAAACCAAGAACUGAUCAGUCUUCUUCAUCCUCUGGCAGCCUUGACCCUGAAAGUGCCAAAGAACUCUCUUUGAAAAAGGAAAACAAGAGUGAUGAAUCCUCCGAUGAGACACUGACGGAAGAAGAAGAAGAGCAUAUAAAUAAGUCUGACAGUCGUGAAUUGGUGCCAAAAAAACAGCUAAACGAAAUACAAGAACUAAGAAAAGGAAAAAUGAGUCAUGAGGCACCAACAGAGACACAUGGACGUCCAGCCAACGACGCAGAAAUACAAACGACAACACCACCGCCACCACCAGCAACAAUGAAUGGACAUUCCAGCACUGAGGAUUUACCACCCGUGCAACCGCUACAACGCGUUCAAGACGACCAUGAAGAAUCAGGGCCACCUUCACCCACGGCAAACGGUGAUGCCGCCAAUAAUGAAGCUGACAAUAGCACUGAAGAGGGCAUCCCGAACAGUGAUCCAGCAGCUGAUGAUGCAGGAACACGAGAAGAAAAACCGGAUGAAAAUAAAGAAGCCAAUCCAAAAGAAACACCAGUGACGGCCGCAGCCAUGAAAACCACGACGGCGACGACAGGCGACAGUGACGGCAGCACCGCGGUCUCCCACACCACCUCCCCUAUUUUGCUUCUUCUUGUUGUUGUGUGUGCGGCUGCUGCUGCGGUGGUGGCCGCGUGA